AUGGUCCUAGAGCUUCCCAGAGAAGGUGGCAUGGUGCCUGAGGUGACCUUGUCCCCCCCAGGACUGCUCCUCCUGACAUCCUUCCUCCUGCACAUGGAAGAGAGCCGUGCCAGCCCAACACGGCUGGUCUGCGACAACAGACUCAUCCAGAAAUACAUCGGGGAGGCCAAGGACAUGGAGAAGAGAGUGGGCCAGUGCCAGGCACUUCCCACGCUCAGCUGCCCCAUGGUGCUGCCCUUGGUGGACUUCAGCCUCCAGCAGUGGAGAUCCAAAUCGAGCGAGACCAAGCGUCAGGAGAUCCUCUGCGACCUGGCGCUGCUGGUGGGUGCUGUGGUGGGGGCCCAGAGCCAGGUGACCCAGGAGUGUGGGGCCAGGCAGCUGAGCCAGCUUUACCAACACGCCAACUCCUUCCUCCUGCUCCUGCAGACCUUCAGCGGGGAGGCAGGACCCUGGGAGCCGGGCUGCUCCCCACGCUCCAUGGAACAAACCCACCUCACCAGCAUCUUCCUCACCUACCGGCAGCUGGUACAGGGCAAGCUGCGCUUCUUCUUCCACGACGUGGCCAAGGACUUGUGCAGGCAAGGCCAGGGGGGCGGCAGAGACCCCGGGUGCGGGGCCCG